ACAUUUCAGAACCCAGUUAGUUGCCAAUGAAAAAACCCAGAUUGGGGUUUUUGGUGUCGGUAUUGGUCUCUGUUUUUUGUUCCAUAGCCGAAUCCAAAUGUAGCAGACGAUGUGAUUUAGCUUUAGCAUCAUACUACGUUUGGGAUGGCUCAAAUCUCACAUUCAUAGCAGAGGUUUUGCAAUCCGACCCCGACACUAUUGUAAGCUACAACAAGCAGAAGAUACCCAACAAAGACAGCGUUCAACAGGACAUAAGAAUCAAUGUUCCUUUCCCCUGUAACUGCAUCGACGGAGAGUAUCUGGGUUACGUGUUCGGUUACACGGUUAGGUCCGGCGACACGUAUACGACGGUGGCGGAGAAGUACUACGCCAAUCUGACGACGGUCGAGUCGUUGCAGUCGAAUAAUAGCAAUGAAGCCAAUAAUAUACAGGUGAAUGCGAGGUUGAACGUGCCGGUGACAUGUUCGUGUGGGAGCGGGUCGGUUUCGAGGGAAUACGGGUUGUUUAUUACGUACCCGCUCCGGCCCAAUGACACUGUGGAAUCGGUUGCGGCGGAGACGAACCUUAGUACGGCGUUGCUGGAGGCUUACAACCCGGGUGUGGAUUUCAGCCAAGGGAGUGGUGUGGUGUAUAUUCCAGGCAAAGACACAACAUGUCUGCUAUUGGAAGAAACUGUCCUCAGCCAACAACAAUCCUCCACGUCACCUCCAGCCAGCUCAAAUAGCCGCCUUUUCAAACCCACCCCCAAGCUCAAUCAGUCAACGUUCAACAUCAUCAAUAAGCAUAUUCAAUCUAAUUUCUCUUCGUCUUCCCCAAUCACCACCAAAGACCCAGUUCUUGAUUCUUCCAUCAAUUCAGAACCCAGUUUCCAAUUUCCCAAUCCAAUGAAACCCAAAUUGGGGUUUUUGUUAUUGGUGGUUGUCUGGGUCUCAGUUUUUUGUUCCAUAGCCGAAUCCAAAUGUAGCAAAGGAUGUGGUUUAGCUUUAGCUUCAUACUACGUGCGGGAGGACUCAAAUCUCACAUACAUAGCUCAAGUUUUGCAAUCUGACCUUAAUAUUUCACCUGAUACUAUUGUAAGCUACAACAAGCAGACGAUACCCAACAAAGACUACGUUCCAAAAGAAAUAAGAAUCCAUGUUCCAUUCCCAUGUAACUGCAUCAAUGGAGAGUAUCUGGGUUACGUGUUUAAUUACACGGUUUUUACGGGGGACACGUACACGACGGUGGCGCAGACGGCCUACGCGAAUCUGACCACGGCCGAGUCGUUGGAAACGAAUAAUAGCUAUCCCGCCAAUAAUAUACCCAAUGUGAAUACGAGGUUGAAUGUGCCGGUGACAUGUUCGUGUGGGAGCAGCUCGGUUUCGAAGCAAUACGGGUUGUUUAUUACGUACCCGCUUCGGCAGAAUGACACUUUGGAAUCGGUUGCGGAGGAGACGGGCCUUGAUUCAACCUUGCUGCAGAGUUACAACCCGGGUGUGGAUUUUAGCGAAGGGAGUGGUGGUUUGGUGUAUAUUCCAGGCAAAGAUCAAAAUGAUACUUAUCCACCUCUGGCAUCAAGCACAAGCGGAUUAGCGGGAGGAGUUAUUGCUGGCAUAGCUAUAGGAGGAGUAGCUGGUGUGCUGUUAUUUGCAGCCUGUAUAUAUCUUCGAUGUUACCGAAAGAAGAAGGUGAAGGCACCGCUGCUCUUAGAGCUAUCUGAGAAUCCAUCUGUCCAGAAUGGACAUGGGCUUGGAAGUAGCUUCGAGAAAGAUGUAACUGGUUCUGCUGGUGGUCCAGCUCCAGGUCUUACAGGCAUAUCUGUGGACAAAUCAGUAGAGUUCUCAUAUGAAGAACUUGCUACAGCUACUGAUAACUUCAGUAUGGCUAAUAAGAUUGGUCAAGGUGGUUUUGGGGCUGUUUAUUAUGCAGAGCUGAGAGGCGAGAAAGCUGCAAUCAAGAAGAUGGAUAUGCAAGCAUCCAAAGAAUUUCUUGCUGAAUUAAAUGUUUUAACACGCGUUCAUCACUUGAACCUG